CAAAAGCAAUUUUAGCAGUUUGGGCUUUAUUUAAAUAGGUGAAAAGCCCACACUUUCAAAACAAACUUAGGCUGAAAAAAAAGAAAAGAAAAGAGCUGACCUGAAUCGGAGAGAGAGCACAGUGGCGACGGAAGCGUAGCUUCCGAAGAUUGAAGAAGAAACUAAUGGCUGCAGCAAUGGACGUUGCUUCGCCAAAAGCUCUACCUCUCGAGAAAUCUGAUCCCUUGGAAGAUUGGACUAUUGUGUUGCCGAGGCGUGGAAAGAAGAACAGAACUGUCAACAAGUUUGUGAUCCCUAAACGGCAAAUGGAAGUGCAGCUAUGGGCACCGAUAGAUCUCGAAACUGAUCCAGAGAGAGAAUCAAAGCUGAAACAAAAAAUGGAUACUUGUAUUCAGAAAUUCGAAAACUCUGAAUUCUACAGAAAUCUACUGAGCCAAAUCCGAAAUCCUGAUAUUUUAGAUAAGUUUUCCAAAGUUUUGGGAUCAGAGGAAAAGAUGCAGAUGGUAGUUUACGGGAUUGGUAGCAUUGAAUCAUUUGAGCCUCCUCGGCUGCAACUCUGCCUCGCCAUUCUGUUGCAGAGGAGCUUCGAUUGGAUCGGAGGAAUAGAACUGUUUGACCCGAUAAUCUCCCUGACAGAAUCAAAGGUCCUGACGUCUCUAGGCUGCACUGUUCUGUCAAUCAACGAGCAAGGCCGGAGACGAGCUGUGAAGCCUACGUUGUUCUUCAUGCCACACUGUGAGGCGGAACUGUAUGACAAUCUCUUGGAAGCAAAUUGGGAGGUGGACCGGUUGAAUCGGCUGGUGAUCUUUGGGAAUAGUUUCGAGGCGUACGAGCAGCACGCGUCGCUGUGCAAGAGCUCAGCUGUGACGAGCUCGAGGAAGCAUGUGUUGGCUGUUCGGAGCUUCGCUGAAGAGUCGAGAGUCGAUACCUUUUCCGAUGAUUCGUUUCGAGCAUUUCACGGUUCGAGUUGGCAUUUUUUUUGCCCUUCUGCUGAAGCAGAUUUGCAAAUGAUUUUUACUUGACCUGUGCAUUUCCUCAAAUGCAAAAGGUCUCAAAAGUUUAUACGAUACUCAUAUGUCCGCCAUUAAAUGUCUCGAUUCCACCAUUUCGGGAUGUCAAUUGACUUUUAGUAUUAUUUGAUAAGUGGAUCCUACACGCUACUGUUUCAUCCUAAUCAUAUUUAAUAUGUAAAUUUGAGAUUCAUAUUCCA